AUGCGCGUUUCCCAUCCUGAACUCGAGGUGGUGCCGAGCUUGACGCGCGAGGACGGCACUCUCAGUUACCAAUUCCUCCUUCCAGCCUCCAAAAAGUGUGAUAGACCACAGCUUCCAGUCCAACGCUCCCAUAGAAUUAUGGCCCCUUCUCGGCCUCGGCCUCAGCAGGAUGAUUCAAGAUCCGAAGCAUCCAGCACCAAAGAGAAAAUCGGCACAAGCUCAUCCAGUGCCGGUAAUGGCAAAGGUCGCCGCCCCGGAAAUACUGCUCCUGCCAGCUCGCUGCGUGAUGUGGUAACAGCAGGGCCAAGCAACACGGCCGCAGGCGCCUCUGCAACUGCCAAUUCGGAGCCAAAUCCUGGAAUACAAUGGUCAAGCUUCGAUCCCUCGGUUCUUCACGGAUACCGUUACGACUACCGUUUGAAUACUCCCGCAGCAUUUAACAAACAAUAUAACCAGAUGGUUCUCACAAACUCUCCAAUCGGGCGGAUGUCACCGACGAUGGCCCGGCACAAGCAACAACGGAGGCAGGGCAAGGACCAACUCGCAAACGCCGUCCGCAAGCAUUUCAAUAGUAUGGGAAUAAUCGAGAACGAAGUCGUCGUUGAUUUCUUGUACAAGGUCCGGUGGCAAGACAAGAAUUUCCGCAUGCGAUUUACCCCUCAACGACCGCGAUAG